ACCACCUCGAGCUCCUUAACUGAGAACCACCACUUCAGCGAUGCAACUGUCAUCGCAUGGACCGCGCGGUAUUCCGCGUGUGUCCAAGCUACUCCCUAGUGGCAGAUCUAUCCAUAUACCCGCCUACUUGCGGGUGAAACCCAGAGCCCCGUCGAAUAUUUCAUCUUCACAACGAAUCUUGUCCCAAACCCGCACUUUCAUCACUCGAUUCAUCGGUCAUCUCACCACACCUGGCCUCCAACUCUCCCAUGCUUCGACUCUCCCUCACUCGGUUCGUGCUGCAGCACCAGGCCGUAUGAGUACGAUCCAACAGAGGCUAUCAUAUCCAGUUCGCCAUGCUUUGGCACGACCCGUUCAACCGUUAUUCUUUCCACAUGCACCCACCUUUGCAUCCCGUUCGGUUGCUCAAGUUGGGUUAGGAACAGCAAGGAACUUCCAUUCAGGACGUUCAGUCUUCCAGAACCUCGUUCAGAACGUACCGAUCACCGGCAGAGCUCUAUAUGAAGCAGAUUGGGAUAUUCAGAUCAAGAGGGAUCGGGCAGUGAUGAAGAAAGUGAUUCAGGAGGGGAACAAGUCGUCCAAGGGGGAGAUGUUGAAGCCAAAGAACCAAACACCGUCUUUCACCCAUGCUGCCCCCACUGAAUCCGCAGUCCUUACCACUCAAGAGAUGGAUAAAUACUUUACCCCUAUCGUCCCCGAUAUCACGACAUAUCUUCUUAUUCCUCUAGCCCCCACCCCCACCAGUCGAGUCCCACUCGAUCCGAACGGCAGCUCAGGACGUCAUCCUCUUUUGCCGCUUUCCUUAUUAGCGUCGACCCACAAUAAUCAUGAGUUGCAUACGCUGAAAGUCUCUUCGCUAUUCUCCCGUCUCGAUGCCGCUAAUGUUUGGGAACGGGGUGUCGUCUGCUCAUCAUACGCUAGCCAUGUAGACAAAGAGGGGGUGUGUACCAUCUUAAAGGUCGAAUUUACAGGCUGGUCCAUUGCCGAAGUUCGUAGCAUCAUUGGGGAAGCAGGAACUGGAUGGUGUGUUCUUGAAGAAGAGCACGUCCAGAGGUCUGUGUACGACGAGGACGACGAAUCAUCCGACACCUCUUCCAUUCUAUCAGGCAUCUCCGGACCACUUAGUACACCAGAAAGCGCAUCACUCUCUCCAAACGCGGUGUCUGAUUCGUUCGUGCUCCCAACUCUGGAUUUCUCGUCCUCUUUCCUUGACAACCCGCAUAUUUCACCUAUCCUAUCGCGCACCUCCUCGAGCUCCGACCUCUUCUCAGAACUCGCUAUGGAGGUUGAUGAUCCAUGGUCGGAUGUGGAGGUGUCGGAUUCAGAGAGCUCGAUUGAAUUGCUCUCGAACUCGAGGUUACGUUUUAGCCAUGACUUCGCGAGGAGGAGCGAUGCAGACCUGGAAGCCCAAUAUAGCCCGAGGGAAGAUUUGUUCUAAGUUAUAGUUCAUUCUUUUACCGUUUAAUCUUUGUCGAUUGGAUUGGCGAUAUUAUCUGCCCCCAUCCUUUCCUUAUUUCUGUUUUCUCGUAGAGAAACACGAUGCAUGGCUUAGUUUGCGCAAAUUGAAUUUGAGCUCGUAUGUAUGACACGUGAUAAUAUCUAAAGCCUAUGGAUCAGUGUCGUCGCGUAACUGGUGGUUUCACCUUCCUUGACAAGUCUUCACCCUCAACAUUAGUCCCUCUUUUGAACUUGCAUGGAGGAUUCUAGUCUCUCCGAAAGUGAAUCUACCGAACCGAUAUUAGUGUCUUCGGUCCUCGGCGUGAAAGGCCCCCUUCGGUUUACUCGACACAGAUCUACUAUAAAGGCUCACGUUGUAUUGCGACGCGUUGAAGUCGACGACGACUCAAGUGAUGAUGGAGAACCUUCUCGGGUGACCUACUUCGGCCUGUUUGCUCAAAAGCGCAUCGAUGUCAGGCCAGGAAGAGAGAUUUUGCUUACGGUCGAGGAGGGGGAACUCAAGGGACAAGCUCUCAUGUUGUCGGCGGAUACCAUUGAUACCCAUGAUAUUUCCUACGAAGAAGAGACUCAAGUUGCAGAAGAAGAGGAAAUAUCUCCUUCUCCGUUACCCAAAUUUGCUGUUCCCCCCAAGAUGAGGAAGACUUGGAUGAAACGAGAACGAGUACAGGUGAAACUUGAAG